UGUGUGUGUGUGUUUGUGUGUGUGUGUGUGUGUGUGUGCAAUGAGCAGCAGCAGACAGACUCUCUCAGCUCCUCAGGAAAAUUUGUCCCUCAGAUCAGGAAGUAGAAAUGUGGUUUGAUCCGUGAGCGUCUACGAAAACUGAACCAACCGAAAGCAUCUGAGGAGGCCAGCUUUAUUCCGCGGUUUGACUGGAUAUAUCAUCUAUUCAAGUGUGUGACACGCAAAUGGAUGGACAUCUCACAAUCUGUUCCUCAAGGGGCAUUUCACAUAUCUUCAGACACUGAUGACAUCCUUCAAAUGGCACGGCAACUUUUAGCCUGAAAAAUGUCGUCGUACUGGAACGUUAUAGCGACUGCAGAUCCAGCCGGCAUUGCCAGCAGCAUGGAGGAGCAAGCUGGCGUUCCGGAAAUGGGAGCCAAGCAGUCGGCGGUUGGCAGCCUUCCUUUGAGUCAGUCGCCCACUCUGAAGAACAUCCAAGAGGCCUAUACGGAUGGCGAGGACCAGAGGGCACGUGAGCUAAUCCGUCUCUCCUGCGAGAAUAACAGUGGAGGGGGACCAGAUGGGCUGGAGCUACUGUGUUUGGCGGCUCAGAACGGUGACGUGGACGGCGUUCGGUUCUUGCUGCAGGACGCACGGGUUGUGGUUCCACAGGAGCCCAGCGAACGUAACCCUGCCGUCUUAGCGGCACAUCACGGACAUCAGGUGUUGGUCCGAGAGCUGCUGGACUCCAUACCACGUCCGUGUGUCCGUAAGGAUCUGCUGAAGUGGAUGUUGGCUACGGCAUGCCAGGAGGGUCAUAUAGAGGUGGUGAAGCUGCUGGUUUAUACGUACAAUGCUGAUGCCGAGGACUGCGCAGUGAAUUCAGGAGAGUUUGCCAUGAUCACCGGUUUGCCCCUGUACGCCGCGGCGCAGGCAGGAAAUACAGAAGUCGCAUGUUUUCUGCUGCAGAAUGGAGCCGGUUUCUCCUCGUACACCCUGAUGGAUCACGCAGACUUCAGCAAGCAGCUGCUCAGACAGCGCCUCCUGCAGGACAAAGACACGCCUGCGGAUGGGAGACUGCUGCAGGCUGUACAAGUUGAGUGGUCAGGACUGAAGCUACCCUGGUUGGAUCUGGACUGGUUCAUGGACGUAUCGUCUCGGAUCACAGUUCUGGAUCUGUCUCAUAAUUGUCUGUGCUCGCUGCCAUCUGUGGUGCCCUGGGGUCUGAUACACCUGCGCUCGCUCAAUCUCUCCCACAAUCAGCUCAGAGAGCUUCCCACCCCAGCGUCAUCACAGGAGAUCAUCUGCAGCAGAUUAUCUCAUGUGAAUUUCUCUGACAAUGAGUUGGAGUAUCUCCCCGUCGGCCUGCUUCACCUCGGCCAGUUGAAAUGGAUUUCUGCAGCCAAGAAUAAACUCACCAGCCUCUUCAACAUCCCUAAUGGCACUAACUGGAUCGGCCUGCGUAAGCUGCAGGAGCUGGAUGUGUCCGAUAACAGCCUGACGGAUCUUCCCUCCUCCAUAAUGCACUGUCUGAAGGCCCUCAGUUGUCUCAAUGUCAGCAGAAACAAACUUACCAGCUUCCUGGAUCCCUGGGCCUGUCCUCUGAAACUCUGCAAAGCUUCAAACAACCAGAUCGAGGUUCUUCCCGACACCAUCUCCAUCUUCUGGAAGACUCAUCUGAGGGAGGUGGACUUCUCUGAGAACGUCCUGAAGGAGCUGCCCUCCUACAUAUUUGAGCUGGAGGCUAUUGUCUCUCUGAAGUUGUGUGGGAACCAAAUCUCCACUUUGCCCACUCCCAACAAAUGGAAAUGCUCUUGUCUCCGAAUGCUAGACCUGUCCAGAAACCAGCUGGGGAAGACUGGAGAGUCGACCAAAACCAGGAAACUGGCCUUCUUCACUACGUGGCAGAGACGAGACCCAGAGCCAGUGUGUCCCAUUCAGUUUCCUGCAAUCUUGCGGGAUUCUCUGGAAGUUCUUUUCCUGAAUGACAACCAGCUGGAGUGUGUGCCGCCGUCAGUAUGUGCCCUCAAGAACCUCUCUGAACUCUAUCUUUCCAAUAAUCCAGGUAUCCAGGAACUUCCUAUUGAGCUCGGGCAGCUCUCCAACCUCUGGCAGCUGGACAUCGAAGACUUGAACAUCACCAACGUCCCUGCAGACGUCAGGAAAGAUGGUCCUGCUGCGGUUCUGGCGUACCUGCGUGCGGAGCUGCGAGGAGCAGAGCCCUGCAGACUGCUGAAGCUGAUGGUGGUCGGUCCGCCCCGGCAGGGUAAGAGCGCUCUGCUGGAGGGGCUGCAGACGGGCAAAGCCUCGGCCUUCCUCAACACUGACUGCAGCAUCCACACAUCCAGCUGGGAUCUGGAGCGGCCUGUAGGAGUAGUGAAAACUUCUGUUGACUUGGUGUCCUUCAACGUGUGGGACAUUGGCGGCCCGGCCAGAAUGUCGACGGUAAACCAGUGUUUCUUCACGGAUAAGGCUUUGUAUAUGGUGAUCUGGAAUCUGGCUUUGGGAGAGGAAGCCGUGGCCAACCUGCAGUCCUGGCUGCUCAACAUCGAGGCUCGCGCCCCUAACUCUGCUGUCAUUGUCGUUGGCACGCAUUUGGACCUCAUUGACACUAAGUUUCGUACCGAGCGUGUCGCCACGCUCAGGGCGUAUAUCCUGGCACUUUGCAGAACCCCGUCGGGCGCACGGGCCAGCGGCUACCCCGACAUAACGUGGAAACACUUACAUGAGGUGUCGUGUAAGACACUAGAAGGCAUGGACGUACUCAAGAGGCUGUUGUUCCAGGUUACUUGCUCUAUGAAGGACAUCAGCAACCCUGCUAGCUGUCACAAACUGGUGGGACGACUGAUCCCCAAAAGUUACCUAAACUUGCAGGAGGCCAUAAAGGCAGAACGUCUGAGGAGAGACGAAGCUGAUGAGGUUCAGUACCUGACGGACACAGAACUGGAGCAGAUCAUUGAUCAGAGUCCUGCUGGUGAUAUCAAAGACUAUGAGGAUCUGCAGACAGCGAUCAAUUUCCUCAUCGAGACCGGCACCAUACUGCAUUUCUCUGACACGAGUCACGGCCUGUGUAAACUGUACUUUCUGGAUGCCGUGUGGCUGUCCGAGUGUUUGGAACGCAUCGUCAACCUGAGGGACUCACGCUCCGUGGCCUGCAAUGGAGUCAUCAAGGCAGAGGACCUCCGCAUGCUGCUGGUAGGAACCGGAUUCACCCAACAAACGGAAGAACAGUACUUCCAGUUCCUGGCCAAGUUUGAGAUCGCCCUACCAGUGGCCAGCAACAGUUAUCUGCUGCCACACCUUUUGCCACCCAAACCUGCUCUGGACAUCCACGGCUUUCGGCACCAGAGCAACAACAACAUCCAGCGGCAUUUUAAGAUGAGCUUUGUACCUGCAGGAUUUUGGGAGCGCUUUAUAGCCAGAAUGCUAAUCAGUUUAAACCAGAUGGACAUACAGUGUUUGUUGAAUCCUCACCAAAAUUGGUUCAGGUCAGACACAGACAAAGACAAAACCACACAAAUUCAAUUACUGGAUUUUAUACUCCAGAAAAGCCUUAGCAAUUUUGCUGGCGAAGACACCAAACAGGAAGCAUUUGAGACCAAAAAGAACAUGAAAAACCAGAGAAACCGCAGCACUGUGAUCUACAGCUUUGCAGGGAACCAGCAGCGCAAUCGCUGCAGCACGUUUCGUGUCCGUCGCAGCCAGACCAUCUACUGGAAGGAAGGGCUGUUGGUCACCUUUGAUGGUGGAUAUCUGAGCGUAGAGUCAUCUGACCUAAACUGGAAGAAAAAGAAAAGCGGAGGCAUCAAGAUUAUCUGCCAGUCAGAGACGAGGGACUUCUCCGCCAUGGCUUUCAUCACGGAUCACGUUAACUCUCUCAUAGAGCAGUGGUUUCCUGCGCUGACAGCCAGCGAGAGUGACGGCUCUCGUCUCAUCGAGCAGUACGCUCCCUGUCCGUACUGCAGCUCCGUACCCAGAAUGUCCGACCCGCUGCCUCUGUCCGGCUCCAAUACCAGCACCGUCCACUACUUCAACAUGGAGGACUGUGUCCUGGCAGCCGUGGACAAGGAGUAUAUCACCUGCCCCAACCAUCCCAAACAGCCCGUGCCGCUACAGGAGCUGGUGCCCGAGCUCUUCAUGACCGACUUCCCUUCACGGUUGUUCCUGUUGAAGAGUGAUCUGCAGUGGAGUGAAGAGGAAGCAGAUAUCUUGGGUCAGGGUGGCAGUGGCACCAUCAUCUACAGAGCUAAAUACAGAGGCCAUCCGGUGGCUAUUAAACGCUUCCACUUCAAGAAAUGCAAGCAGCAGUCGCUCAACAGCAGCACAGACACCAUGGUUAAGCACCUGCAGUCCAUGGACGCUGCCCGGAGUUUCUCUGAGUUUCGUCAGGAGGCCGGCAUGCUCCACUCUCUGCAGCACCCGUGUGUCGUGGCUCUGGUGGGCAUCAGCAUACACCCGCUGUGCUUCGCCCUGGAGCUGGCGCCGCUCGGCAGCCUCAACACCAUCCUGGAAGAGAAAGCCAAAGGUUCUCUCUACAUGCCGCUGGGUCACAUGCUCACCUUCAAAGUGGCCUAUCAGAUCGUGACAGGCCUGGCGUAUCUUCACAAGAAGAACAUUAUCUUCUGUGACCUCAAGUCUGACAACAUCCUGGUGUGGUCUCUGGACGCAGAGGACUCUGUAAACAUCAAGCUGUCUGACUACGGCAUCUCCCGGCAGUCCUUUCACGAGGGAGCUUUAGGGGUCGAGGGCACGCCCGGGUACCAGGCUCCGGAGAUUCGGCCUGGCAUCGUCUAUGAUGAGAAGGUGGAUAUGUUCUCGUACGGCAUGGUUCUGUAUGAGCUGUUGUCUGGCCGCAGACCGUGCAUGGGUCAACACCAACUACAGAUCGCUAAGAAACUAUCUAAAGGACUCAGACCAGCGCUGGGCUCCACAGAGGAGGUGCAGUUUCACCGUCUGCAGGCGUUGAUGCAGGAGUGCUGGGACACCAAACCAGAGAAGCGUCCCCUGGCCACUCCUCUUAUGAGACAGAUGCAGGAUCCCAGUUUUGCUUGUCUCAGGUAUCUGCUGUCCUGCCAGGAGCACAGUCAGCUCUUCUUAUCGCCGCUGCAGGGCCACAACGCCGUAUUCUGGGAUGGAGACAAAGAUGACAGGAACUACACCAUUGUAAACUUGGCCAAGGGGCAGGUGGAGGUAAAACGGAUGUCGUGCCCGGGAACACGUCUGAGCUGCCAAAUAAAGAUGGAGAACACCCUGUGGACCGCCACUGAGGAACAGGAAGUCUUUAUCUACAGCCUGAAAGAGAUGUGUCCCUUGAGUCACCCGCAGAAAGUGCUCUCCUGUCCGGCCGUGGUAACCUGUCUCUUUUUACUGCCCGCCAGGAAAGAGUCUCUCCCGCAGGUGUUUGCAGGCAUGUCUGAUGGUCUCAUAGCGGUUUAUUCUCUGGUUGACGACAUGCCCGUGGAGGGAGAGACCUACAUCUGCUCGCACACGAUCAACAAGCAUCUGCUGAGGAUGGACGACUUGGACCCUCGGCAGCGGCCGUACCCGGUGCGAAGCAUCGUGCCCGUGUCCACCGGAUCGGAGGUGUGGUACACCAACGGCCCUGGUGUGCUCGUCAUCGACAGCCUCACGCUUCGACCCAUCUGCCGCCUCGACCCGUAUCUACCGCCGUCCUGCGUGGUGUCCAUGGCAUCGUCCUCCAGCUGCUGGGGCGACGAGGCCGUCUGGUGUCUGGACAAUCACACCAACACGCUUCUGAUGUAUCACGCCGCAAGCUAUCAGAUCUGCGCCACAUACAACUGCAGCGACGCCAAUCCACUACGUGACGUUUUCCCUGUGGAAAGGCCGGCGGGGAUCGUGACGCCCGUGAGUCCUGACGUAGAUGUAGAGUCUCUUCCGCUCAACCUGGAACUAGUGCAGAUAACGGUUACACACAGCGAGAAUGCAGGAACGCAGAUCUUGUGCCAGCAGGACUCGCUGGAUUACUGCUCCAUGACAUCUUCCGGGUUCAGCUCAGAGCAGCUGGAUCAUAUCGGGGAUUUGGAGCCGGGCAGCUCGUCGGGUCUUCCUCACAUCGAGCGCUCUAGUUCGGGACCCCUCAGCUCUUUGACUAGCUCCAGCAGUAUGCCUUUUUCUGUUGCCGUUUCACCGGAUUCAGUGCCAUCCAGGAGCGCAACAGAUCCAGAACUAGCGGAUCAAAGCUACACACCACUGCAGCUGAAGGCCUUAAACGUCAUUCCCGUCAACAGCACCAUCUGGGUUCCCAGGCAUGGAGGAGACAUCAUGGUUAUCGAGGUCCAAGAGCAGGCGGGGUCGCUCAGGGGUCGUGUGAUAGCCGUGUUGACGCCGCCUGGAGUGCCAGAGUACGGGACUCUCGUGGAGGCGGCGCUCGUCGCAAAGGACACCGUUGUGUGCGGCUUCCGUAAAGAAAACAUGGACUGGUGCCUGGCUGUCUGGCGGAGCUGGGGAGCCCGCGAACUGGAGCUCUUCUACCAGGGAUACGAGGAGCUCGGCCGCUUGGAGAGCAGCCUGAGGAAAAGGAGGUAGCUGUGUAAACGUGUGCGCGCACGUAUGUGUGUGUGUGACGGAGAAUCGACGUACUGUGCGGCCAAUAACGACACACACACCGAUACAGGUGUGUGUCAUGGGUAAGGGACACACACACAUACACACACACACACACACACACACUCACAACAGACUGUUGCUUUAGGUAAUAUAAUCCUGCAGGACUCGGCCACAUACACAUUAUAUAUAUAUAUAUAUAUAAAGACAAACAGAUUGAAUGCCACACGCACUAAAUGCAUCAACAUAUACAUUCAGCCCUGAGCAUCUGGAAGCACUCUGAUAUAUGAGUGCAUUUACAUUCAUGUACCCAGAAUGCAUCAGAAUUUCUUCUGAUGCAUUCAUAAACUUGGUGUGUGUGUGUGUGUGUGUGUGUUUAAAUGCCAAGACAGAAUGAUGCUGGCUAUCAAACUUGAUCAAUUUCUUCUCAAGUUAACCAGCAAACUAGAUGUGCCUUUGGAUGAAGAACAUGCUGUGUCAGAAGUGAUCAGCAAUAAGAACCAAUGAACUGACAGACCUAUGAAACUCCGCCCACUCAGUGAGGUCACAAUAGAGUGCGACAGUGCCCGCCCACUUUUCCGGCAACUGUUGCACUCUAUAGGGCACGGUUUAAUGUUUACUGUGAAUCUCAGCGGUUAUGAACGGAGUGGAAUACUAGCAUACCGAGUGCUUAGAGCAGUAGUAUACGAGGUGUCACGUGACCUCAUUGCUUUGCAUGUUUAAUUAAUUGAUCGUCAGUCUUUGAAAUAUAUGGCUGUUUUACAUUUUAAAAUAUCGUAAUAUUUGGCAGUCUAAUCAAAUAAUGAGACAAGGUGAUGUUAAAAAGCCACACUGGAAAUGGAAGGUCAAGUUUAAUACAUUGUAUUAUGGGAUGUGGUUUUCCACACAGUGUAGUGUACAUACAGUAGUCAACAUUUGAAGUGGAUCAAAGAAGAAGGUUUUAGGACAACUUUGAUGAAAUGUUUUGAUCCACUUCAAAUGUUGACUUCUGUAGUACACAUACUUUAUGCACUGCAGAAGUAGUAUGCUAGUAUGCAUUACCGAACACAGCCAGAGAGUGAUGGCAAUCUCUGAUUUAUAAGAAACUCUGAGAGGUUUUGAUCUGUUUUGUGUGUUGAGAACACCAGCAUGUCGUCAUUUUGUUAUUGUAAAUAAUAUCUGGAGCAUUUCAUCUCUAUAGAAUGAAUGGUAUUUAUUGUAGAAUGUUUAAAUCUCAUGCUGCAUGUGUAAAAAGUUGUUACUGAACUGUAAAUAUGCUGAACAGAAUAUGAUAAAUAAAUCAACGGCAUUUUAUAUUAAA